GAGUAGUUGACGUCAGGUCGGACGUUGGCAUAGAGUGAAACAAACAUGGCGACAGACUCGAGUGGACUGGGCUUUCCUCUGACUUUAUUCGUGUUUUUGUUCGUGUUGGCGGGAAGGGAGGCCGAAGCAGCGACUCGGGAGUCCAAGGGCGGCACUCAGAUACUUGGGAUGCGGCUGGAGAAGUGCGACUUGCCGGCCGGGAUCACCAAUGAGGGGAUGAUUCAGGUGACCGAGGGCAGCCUGAACGUCUUCAGGUUCUACGGUACCCACUUGUUACCCAACAGCUCGGAGCUCAUCAGGUUCGCCGAACUUGAUGAAGACGAGUACCGGUCUCCUAACAGGACUUGUCCCGAACACUCGAAUGGUAUGUUAGUGAAAGGGCGCAUGGAGGUAAACUACCGUAACAACGCCGGGGUUGUCAACAUCACUGUAAAUAAGCUUCGAAAAAACGAAGAUAAGAAAGUGUUCGGAUUGUGCAUCCUCGACCCCCAGGAGAACAAAUGGUUACUUCAGGAGGAGAAGGAGUUAAGAGUACUGGUGGUGGAGGAGGAGAGCACGUCCCUGCUGCCCCUUUGGCUGGAGGUGAUCCUCAUCUGCUGCCUGUUGGUGCUGUCUGGGAUGUUCAGCGGACUCAACCUGGGGCUGAUGGCGCUGGACCCCAUGGAGCUCCGCAUCGUGCAAAGCUGCGGCACGGACAAGGAGAAGAAGUGGGCCCGGAAGAUCGAGCCCAUCCGCAGGAAGGGCAACUACCUGCUGUGCUCGCUGCUGCUCGGGAACGUCCUGGUGAACACUACCCUCACUAUCCUCCUGGACGACCUCACCAAGUCCGGACUUGGAGCUGUGGUCGCAUCCACCGUCGGCAUCGUGAUCUUUGGAGAGAUCGUGCCCCAGGCGCUGUGCUCCAGACACGGCCUGGCAGUGGGGGCCAACACCAUCCUGCUCACCAAGCUCUUCAUGCUGCUCACCUUCCCCUUGUCUUGGCCCAUCAGCAAGAUCCUGGACUGCGUUUUGGGCCAGGAGAUCGGAACUGUAUAUAACCGGGAGAAGCUGGUGGGAAUGCUGAAAGUAACCGAACCCUACAACGACCUGGUGAAAGAGGAGCUCAACAUGAUCCAAGGCGCGCUGGAGCUCCGGACCAAAACGGUGGAGGACAUCAUGACGCCUCUGGGCCACUGCUUCAUGAUCAGCAGCGACGCGGUGCUGGACUUCAACACCAUGUCGGAGAUCAUGGAGAGCGGAUACACGCGAAUACCCGUCUACGAGCACGAGCAGUCCAACAUCGUGGACAUCCUCUUCGUCAAAGACCUGGCCUUCGUGGACCCGGACGACUGCACCACCCUGAAGACCAUCACCAAGUUCUACAACCACUCGGUCCACUUCGUCUUCCAUGACACCAAGCUGGACGCCAUGUUGGAGGAGUUUAAGAAAGGAAAGUCCCACCUUGCCAUCGUCCAGAAGGUGAACAACGAGGGCGAGGGAGAUCCGUUCUACGAAGUGCUGGGGUUGGUCACUCUGGAGGACGUGAUCGAGGAGAUAAUUAAAUCAGAGAUUCUGGAUGAAUCAGACCUCUACACUGACAAUCGCAACAGGAGGAAAGUUGCACCUGAUAAGAACAAGAGAGACUUUUCUGCCUUCAAACAGGAGAGCGAAUCGAAGGUGAAGAUCUCUCCUCAGCUGCUGCUGGCCGCGCAUCGCUUCCUGGCCACAGAAGUGAGCUUGUUCAGUCCGGCUCAGAUCUCUGAAAAGGUGCUGCUGCGGAUCCUCCGCCAUCCUGAUGUCAUCCAGGAGAUCAAGUUCAACGAAAAUGACAAGCGAUCGCAUUGUCACUACAUCUAUCAGAGAGGCAAGGCGAUCGACUACUUCAUCCUCAUCCUGCAGGGCCGAGUGGAGGUGGAGGCCGGAAACGAGAACAUGAAGUUUGAAGCCGGAGCUUUUUCGUAUUAUGGCGUCAUGGCGCUCAGUGCUUCCACUCUGGUAGAGUUUCGCUCGCCGUCCCACCUCAGCGGGUUGAACCGGACGACGUCUCUGAGCGGAACGGACCGGACCGACUCCCUGGCCGUCAGCGGGAGCAACAGCCAGCUCAACGGCAGCACUGCUUUGCAGCACUACACCCCCGACUUCAACGUCCGGGCGCUGACCGACCUGCAGUUCGUCAAGAUCACACGCUCGCAGUACCAGAACGGCCUGAUUGCGUCUCGUCUGGACAGCACGCCUCAGUCCCCAGAGAGCUCUCACUACUCCGCUGAGGAGACCACGCCCCCGGCAGCCAUCACCAUCACGGACCUGGGAGCAGACUCCGCCCUCAUGGAGAACGGCACCGACGAGAAGACGCUGCUGCUGCUGCUGAACGACCAGACGCCGCCGCCGCCGCCGACGGCGAACCACAACCACCUGGACAACAACGUCUGACCCCGAGCUUCCCCUCCCCUCCAGGGGGGGGCGCUGUCAGCACCAAACACACCUUAAAGUCCCAACGAGAUAAGCCAUGCGUGCAUAUGAUGUAAAUAUGUGGGAAUUCAAAAUACCAAACAAACACUGAUGAGCCAAAACAUUACAACCACUUAAAACUGCUGACCUGGAUUGUUUUAGUUCUUUCAGAUUGAAAAUAGAAAAGGUUUAUAUCCAUAAUUCAGCAAGAAAGAGAAGAAAGACACACCCAGAAACCUAAAAUCAUACCUGUUAGAUUUUAUAUUUAAUGCUGUAAAUCAGCAUCAGGUUUUAUUUUCCCUCAAAAACUCAAAAAACUUACUUAUCUUAUGUAGAUUUGAAUAUAAAGGAGUCGAUUAUUAGUCAAUAACUCCUUAAUAUUCAUGAAAAAUAGUAGUUCUACAGGCAGAUUGUUUUGACUUAAAACAAGACGUUUCCCCCAUAAAUAAAAUAAUCUGCUGAGUGCUGCUUUUUAAAAUCAGGAUUAAGAGAUUAUUCACUAAAAAUAAGAUCCUGUUUCUUGCUGAAAAGUUACUUGUAAGUUAUUUUUGUCUCUUUUCAUGUGAACUUAGAUAAAAUAUCUGGAUCUCUUGAGUUAUUUUAUGCUGAACUAAUAAAAGUAAAAUUGUGUGAUUUCAUAUCUAAAGCUGUAAUAUCCAUCAAAUCAGCAUCAGGAUUUAUUUGCACUACAAAAACAAACUUAUACCAAGUAUUUUUUUUGUCUAUUUUCUAGUGAAAAUAUGUUGAAAUAAAAUAAAUUAACUUGCAAGUAACUUUUCAGCACAAUACAGGAGCUUGUUUUAACUUCAUAAUUCCUUAAUAUUUAUCUUUAAAAAGUGCUUGUUCCAUUGGCAGAUUAUUUCACUUCCAGUAAAACAUUUUCCCCAAAGUUUAAGUGAAAUAUUCUACCAGUGGAACUUGUGAAUUUUUAUCAAUAUUAAGUAUUUUGAAACAAAAAGCACGCUCCUAUUUCUUGCUGAAGAGUUAUUUGUAAGUUAAUUUAUUGUAUUUCAAGAAUGCUAAAAUAUUUCCACUAAAAAAUGCUUGAUAAUAUGCAGUUUAUUUUUCAGUGUGGAUGCAGCUGAAGUCUGUAAUUUCCUCAAAAAGUCAUUUUUCUAUGAAGCACCUUGAAUAAAACCUAAAUUUCCCUGUUUAUUGCGGUUUUAGCCGAUCGGUUUGGAAUAAAUUUGUUUUGUGGA